AUGGCCCCUCUCUGGCAUGCUUCAGUCGCCGGUAGCCGCAACACGAGUCUGCGUCGUCCAAGGAGAGCAUUGCGCAGAAUUAUUUUGCUCUCCAUUGCCGUGAUUUCCACCAUUGGCGUAUCAUCUCUUCUGUACGUCUUCGUCAUCGCGAAGCUCCGCUUCCGCUGGGACCUAGGGUGGUUUGACCUCGGCCUGUACGGCUUUUAUCGUACAAAGAGCUAUGUGUCAUUCGAUUACGAGUCGCCACUUGUAGAUAUUCUACAGUGGGAUCCUCGAUGUGAGACAGGAUUUAUCUUCCUCGCCCCGCGGGGUGACUCGAUAUCACACCCAGGCCCUAUGAUUUUGGACAGCAACGGCAAUCUGGUCUGGAUGAAAGAGAUCCAUGAGGUGACUCAGGACUUCCGCGUCCAACGGUAUCAAGGCCGCGAUUAUUUGACAUACUGGACCGGUAACGCAGCGGGAGGUCAUGGACGGGGAUCCUGGCAUAUGCUUGAUUCGUCCUACACGGAACGUUAUGUAGUCUCCGCCGUGGGUGACUUCGAUGGCGACCUACAUGAGUUCAAGAUUACCGAGAACGAUACCGCACUCGUGACGAUAUAUGAUCCCGUCCCUGCAGAUCUGUCGUCCAUAGGCGGACCGGAGUCAGGCUGGAUCUUUGACGGGGUCUUCCAGGAGAUCGAUAUCGCCACAGGCGAGCUGAUUUUCGAAUGGCGCGCCUCGGAGCAUUUCCCUAUCAACAGCUCAUUUCUGGAACUCGACGGUCGUGGACAUAACAAAGAGACUGCGUUUGACUUCUUUCACAUCAAUAGCGUCGACAAAGAUCCAUGGGGCAACUACCUUGUCUCUGCGCGCAACACACAUACGAUCAGCAGCAUCGACAGCAACACUGGUGUUUUGCUAUGGACCCUGGGUGGCCAUCUCAACGAAUUUACAGAUCUUUCCGGUGGCGCAGCUACUAAUUUCUCGUGGCAGCAUGAUGCACGCUGGCACGGCAACAACACGUUGACUAUCCUCGACAACGGCGCACACAGUCAUCUCGACCCAGCCCGACAAAGCCGUGGAAUGGCCAUUGAAUUAGAUAUUCCCGCCCGACUUGCGACACUUCAAACAGAGUACUUUAACCCGCAAGAAUUAAAGUCAAGCUCGCAGGGAAAUUUGCAGGUUCUGGAAGACGCUGGCAAUGUUUUCAUCGGUUGGGGUUCGAGUGCUGCGUUCAGUGAGUUUGACAUUAACGGGACUCUCCUAUGUGACGUCCAUUUUGGCGCAUCUGCGUACUUUACAUUUCAGCGCGUGGUUUCUUACCGCGUAUACAAAGGCCCUUGGGUAGGCAACCCUCUAACCAGACCGGCCGCCCGUUGGGCCGGCAACAAGAUCUAUGUGAGCUGGAAUGGUGCCACGGAGGUUGCAGAAUGGCAGUUGGAGGUAGAACUCGGCUUGGAAUUGAAUGGCGUACAGUACGAAGUUGCAGACCGAAUUCCAAAAGAAGGCUUUGAGUCGACGAUCACGAUCCCGCAAGGCAAUAGGAACAACCGCUUCCGUGUCGCGGCUUUGGACAAGCAAGGCAAGGUUCUUGGUGUCACUGACGUUCCAGCGAGAAAAUCGGGAUGGAUAGACGAGGAACCUUUACGUCUUGAGUUAUACAUCCUGGUUGGAGGCUGUCUUGUGGCAAGUUUCAUACAUCUCCUUGAUUCCAACCUGUUUAGUGUUGCGUGUAAGCAUAAUUUGAAGCAGCUUUCACCAUCUUCGGGCUCUUAUUGCAACCAUAAUGUCGGCAGCACCGCUGGCGCAGAGAAGGACGCUUCCCCACAUGACGUCUCAGACAGUCUUGGCCAGGCCUCCCCUCACGUUGGCCUGAUUCAGGAAAUCAGGGCACGUUUGGAGCAUUCGUGCCGUGCUCGCCAGCCCCCCAGCUUGGGAAACAGAGUUAUGUAUAGGCUGACGAGCGAUGCCAUCUCGCCGACCGACCAAUACUCAUGA